UAAAGAUCUCGACCCACAACCUUAUUGUUCCUUUUAAUUUUUUAAGUGACUUAGAAAGGUUUUGAGGAGCCCCCACGUUUACCCCAUUUCCCCCCUUCAUAUUUUUUUUUUGUUUUCUUCUUUGGUCUACAGGCUUGGCGUUGAAAAACCCCUUUUGAACCCAAAAUCCCAUUGCUCCUUGACUUUUGUUUCUCGACCUCCUUCUGGAUUUCUGGGUUUCUUCGUUUUUUAAUUCUGUGAAAUGAAAAGAAGCUGCUGAAGUUGAGAAAUUGAAACCAAUGAUGGGGAGGAAGACUUCACCAGGUUUUCUGGUGCUUUUGGCUCUUGGGUUUCUUUUUGCUUCUUAUAAUUUGAUCACCAUGUCUGUACACUACAAAGCCUCGAAAGGGAGUUGGUUAGCAGAUGGGUUUGAUUUGUUUGAUCCCGUUAUUCGAGUGCCUGGUAGAGCAGAACGAGCAGGGAAAACCAAUUCGAAAUACCAUGUUGCUGUCACUGCAACUGAUGCUCCUUAUAGUCAAUGGCAGUGCAGGAUCAUGUAUUACUGGUAUAAGAAAGUGAAGGAUUUGCCUGGCUCUGACAUGGGAAGCUUCACUAGAGUUUUGCAUUCAGGAACUCCAGAUAAUUUAAUGAAAGAGAUUCCAACUUUUAUUGUUGAUCCUUUGCCAGAAGGAUUGGAUCGGGGUUAUAUUGUUCUAAACCGACCGUGGGCUUUUGUGCAAUGGCUGGAGAAAGCAAACAUUGAAGAAGAGUAUAUACUAAUGGCAGAACCCGAUCAUAUAUUUGUUAAGCCGUUACCAAACUUAGCCCACGGAAAGAAUCCAGCUGGAUUUCCGUUCUUCUACAUAAAGCCAGCUGAACAUGAGAAGAUCAUCAGGAAAUUCUAUCCUGAGGAGAAAGGUCCAGUGACCAACAUUGAUCCCAUUGGAAAUUCUCCUGUUAUCAUUGAAAAGACAUUGCUGGAGGAGAUUGCACCAACGUGGGUGAACAUAUCCUUGAGAAUGAAAGAUGACCCAACUACUGAUAAAACAUUCGGUUGGGUGCUCGAGAUGUAUGCUUAUGCUGUAGCUUCUGCAUUACAUGGUGUGCGGCAUACGCUCCGCAAAGAUUUUAUGCUGCAGCCUCCUUGGGAUUUAGAAGUUGGUAGGAACUUCAUCAUCCACUAUACCUAUGGAUGUGACUACACUAUGAAGGGAGAACUAACAUAUGGUAAGAUCGGGGAGUGGCGCUUCGACAAAAGAUCAUAUCUCAAUGGUCCUCCACCAAGAAAUCUUUCCUUACCUCCUCCCGGAGUUCCUGAAAGCGUAGUAAGGCUUGUAAAGAUGGUAAAUGAGGCAACUGCAAAUAUACCUGGUUGGGGGGAAUCAUAAACUGAUAUGGGAAGUAACAACAAUCAAACCACUUUGGGUUUUGGUAAAUAGAAUACAAACUAUGGUGGGUUUUGUGAUUAAAGUCACCAAAAUACCAAUCAGCUUGAGAAGAGAAAGCAAUACAGAGAGAGGGGGAAUUGUAAUAGGGGAAAAUAAAUGUAUAUUUUCUAAUACUAAACUUCUGAGAUAAACUUAAUAACAUACCAUUAGAUUCUUUAGCACAAAGUAUAAUCUCGUGAUUUGUAGCUCGAAGAUUCAAGAAUUUUGUCAUGUAAGAAGUAUACUAUUAUUAUUACCAUUAUUAUUUGAAAGGUUCAAUGCAUAAAUCUAACUCUUCAUUGCAAUAA